GCCGGGGCAGGCGCCGGGGCAGGGCCGGGGGCGGCGGGCCCCGGGGCGGCCGCAUGUGCGCCCCGCGGGGCGCCGCGCCAGGACGGAGCGGGCCGGGGCAGAGCCGGGCCGGCCCGAGCGGGGCCGUUGCGGGCGGCGGGGCCGCGCGGAGGCGGAGGCGGCCAUGGAGGGGCUGGCGGGGUACGUGUACAAGGCGGCCAGCGAGGGCCGCGUGCUCACCUUGGCCGCGCUGCUGCUGAACCGCUCCGAGAGCGACAUCAAGUACCUGCUGGGCUACGUGAGCCAGCACGGCGGGCAGCGCUCCACGCCGCUCAUCAUCGCCGCCCGCAACGGGCACGCCAAGGUGGUGCGGCUGCUGCUCGAGCAUUACCGCGUCCACACGCAGCAGACCGGCACCGUCCGCUUCGACGGCUUCGUCAUCGACGGGGCCACCGCGCUGUGGUGCGCGGCCGGCGCCGGCCACUUCGAGGUGGUCAAGCUGCUGGUGAGCCACGGCGCCAAUGUCAACCACACCACGGUGACCAACUCGACGCCGCUGCGGGCGGCCUGCUUCGAUGGCCGGCUGGACAUCGUCAAGUACCUGGUGGAGAACAACGCCAACAUCAGCAUCGCCAACAAGUACGACAACACCUGCCUGAUGAUCGCGGCCUACAAGGGCCACACGGACGUGGUGCGCUACCUCCUGGAGCAGCACGCCGACCCCAACGCCAAGGCCCACUGCGGGGCCACCGCCCUGCACUUCGCCGCCGAGGCCGGCCACCUGGAGAUCGUCAGGGAGCUGGUCAAGUGGAAGGCGGCCAUGAUGGUCAACGGCCACGGCAUGACGCCGCUCAAAGUGGCCGCCGAGAGCUGCAAGGCCGACGUGGUGGAGCUGCUGCUGGCUCACGCCGACUGCGACAGGAGGAGCAGGAUCGAAGCUCUGGAGCUGCUGGGGGCCUCGUUUGCCAACGACAGGGAGAACUACGACAUUUUGAAGACUUACCACUAUUUAUAUUUAGCCAUGCUGGAGAGGUACCGCGACAGCGAGAACGUCAUCGAGAAGGAGGUGCUUCCCCAGAUCGAGGCUUACGGAAACAGGUCGGAAUGCAGGACCCCUCAGGAAUUAGAGUCCAUUAGGCAGGACAGAGAUGCCCUUCACAUGGAAGGCCUCAUAGUGCGGGAGAGGAUCCUGGGCUCGGACAAUAUCGACGUCUCCCACCCCAUCAUUUACCGGGGCGCGGUCUACGCGGACAACAUGGAGUUCGAGCAGUGCAUCAAGCUCUGGCUCCACGCCCUGCACCUGCGGCAGAAGGGCAACAGGAACACCCACAAGGACCUGCUGAGGUUCGCUCAGGUCUUCUCCCAGAUGAUCCACCUGAACGAGCCCGUGAAAGCCAAGGACAUCGAGAGCGUCCUGCGCUGCAGCGUGCUGGAGAUCGAGCAGGGCAUGGCGCGCAUCAAAACCACCCCGGACGCCGACAUCCACACGGCCAUGGACAACUACGAGUGCAACAUCUUCACCUUCCUCUACCUGGUGUGCAUCUCCACCAAGACGCAGUGCAGCGAGGACGACCAGUCCCGCAUCAACAAGCAGAUCUACAACCUGAUCCACCUGGACCCGCGCACGCGCGACGGCUCCAGCCUGCUGCACCACGCCGUCAACUCGGGCACGCCCGUGGACGACUUCCACACCAACGACGUGUGCAGCUUCCCCAACGCCCUGGUCACCAAGCUCCUGCUGGACUGCGGCGCCGACGUCAACGCCGUGGACAACGAGGGGAACAGCCCUCUGCACAUCAUCGUGCAGUACCACCGGCCCAUCAGCGACUUCUUGACGUUGCACUCCAUCAUCAUCAGCCUGGUGGAGGCCGGCGCCCACACGGACAUGACCAACAAGCAGAAGAAAACCCCUCUGGACAAAAGUACCACCGGGGUGUCCGAAAUCCUCCUUAAAACUCAAAUGAAGCUGAGUCUCAAGUGCCUGGCUGCCCGCGCCGUGCGGAUCUACAACAUCAGCUACCAAAACCAGAUCCCCAGAACUCUGGAGGAGUUUGUCCAGUUCCACUAGGCCGCGUCCAACCUUUUGUGGUGGUGCUAUCCCGGGACAACACCAGACAGCAGAAUACACCCGUGUCCAUGAAGUUGUUUUUCUCCAUUCCUUUGGUUUUGGGCUCCUCUGGAUUCCGUCUGCGGCCUCAGUUCUCGGGUGGAGAUGGUGGAGGGCGGGGGGCAGGAAAAGCCACGUCCUUGUCCUGUAGUUGAAUCCGAUGUUUGAGAUUCUGGUCCUUUUUAUGAUUAAAUGAAUCCCUUGUUAGCUCUUGGUUUUCUAAAUGAUACAAGAAGAAUCCCCCAGGUAACUCCCGUCGAACGCUUCGUGUCCGACACGAUUCGCACAAUUGGAUUUCAAACUCCUCACAGUGAGGUGGGAAAAGAAAAAUUGGGAAUUCUGUGGUAGUUGGGUUAAAAGUGGAGUGUCCACCCCCAGGGCAGUGCGUUGCUCUCAUACCUCACCCUGUUUUUAUGCCUUUCAGCUCGUGCUGAAGAUGUUGGUAACGUUUUAAAAGUUGUGUUUUAAAUCAAAAUUUACAGCUACAGACGUGAGGGGUGCUCUGUUAGGAAAUGCAGGUGACAAUUCAGCUCUGGGGGGCUGAAUUCCAUUAUCAAGCUCCUCACUGACACCGCUCCAGUAAGUAUUGAAUAACCUAUGGACAAAAGCCACUUCCACACUGACCGAAAAUAACCGCAAUCAUCGUUUCUUUUUCUGUAGCUCUGUCACUCCUAUCCGAGCAUCAUGCAUGGAUCCCUAGAAACUGGGUAGGGAAUUUGUGUUCGUGUGUGUCCCAACAUUUCAAACUGCUUUGGACUUGGGUUUUUUUUCUGUUGUUCCGAUGCUCAACACGCACCUUUUUUUUGACUCAAAGUCUGUCCAGCUGCACUCUUGGAUUCCAGAUGCUGUAUCUUCCUAACGGAGCCGUCUGCCGCCAAAGAGAGUCUUCCUUGAACCUGGCUUUUCCAAGAAGCGUUGGAGUCUGUGCCUCCCUGAAUUGGACUCGAGGAUUUUUCAUGGUUUUUACUCCUUCCAGUAGGAAAAUCUCUUCUUAAAACUGAUUUUUACAAAAAAAAAUUAAAAUAUUCUCCUCUCAUCAACCUCUUUGCUGACGAGCGAGUGAUUGUAUGGGGACGUUGUCGGUUGAGAAUUUUGGGAGAAGUGGCAGAUGCUCCGGCAGGAAAAUGUCACUUGUUGGGACAAGGCUCCUGAACCCUCUGUUCCUUUCCCACGCAGCUUUUUAACCGUCAGGAUGAACGAAUGUUCCGUGGGGUUUUUUUUAAAAACAAUCCAGGUAGAACUUUCAGGCGAGAUUUGGGGCACACGUUUCUAUUUGUAUGACAAAGAAAUAAACAUUGAAUGUGGAAUUA